UUGCUCUGCUCCGAGCUGCUGCCAGCUUUCACAACAUUACAUAUAUAACCUUUAUUCAGAAGAUUUUUAAAUUGUGAAUAAAUUCAUUGAUAUAAAAGAACAUAUAUUUUUUCGUAACAUGGAUAAGAUAGUCUUAGCUUUGAUGUUUCUUUUCAUUACUCGUCAAGUUAUUGGAAUUCAAACUUCGACGUGGACGUCAUUGCGUGCGUUGACGUCACUUAACGGGAAAGUAUGCCAAGAUGUAGAAAUUGCUUACAGUGAAACAGUGCAAAGUGGAAUACAUUGUAUUCUCAGGUGUGUAAAUCAUAUCACGUGCGAGAGCUUAUUUUAUGUGCCGGGGACUAAGACGUGUACGGGAUGCACUGUGAGCUAUGAUUUUCUUAACUACCCAGCAGGUCAAAUACCAGGAUCUCUCUACUACCUUUACAGCAGCUCGAGCGUUUGUCCUGAUGGCUGGACAGAACUUGGAAGUUCUUGUUAUAAUAUAACAAACGAAAUGAUGAAUUUUCAGUCAGGAGUGCAAACAUGUCAGUCGUUAAAUGCACACGUUGUCAUAAUUAACAGCAUAGAGGAAAACGACAAUCUGAAGGCCAUGAUUCGUUCAAUAUCUUACCCAGGUGUUUAUGGAUUUUAUACAGCGUUUACCGACGAGGAGGUUGAAGGCACUUGGGUCGCAUACGGUACUAGUAUUCAAAUGCCGUUUGUUGAUUGGGUUGAAGGGGAGCCUAAUAGAGGCAGUCUCGAAAACUGCAUGGCGUUCGCGUUACCAUAUCACCUGAAGUGGGUAAAUCUGGACUGCACACAACUACAUCGUGUCAUCUGUGAAAGAGACCUUUAAACAUAAAAACUGUCUUGUUUGAAAAACAUUGCAUAAACUUCCGUAAAAGCUUGAUUUUGUGAUUAUUUUUAUAAUCAUUAUCCUGAAAAAAAUAUAUCUAGCUUUGAAUACAAGUAAAGUGCCUUGUUAUAAAUUGUUUAAAUUGUCAAAACUGAUUUCAAAUAAUGUACGGACGUUAACAUUUAUAUACUUCAGAGGUUUUGGUCUGUGCAGAUUGCCGAAUAUAAUAUUAUUCCCAUUCGAUUUUGCAUAACAACCAAACACAUUGUAAAACUGUCUAUAGCGAUAGAAAAAAGUUAACAAUAUAAAACCUUAUCAACUUAACUUAUCUUUUUUGAGACACUCACCUUUGUAGGUUCGAAUCCUGUCAGGGACUUAGGGAGGAAGAUAUCCAGGAAGCUAACGGAAUGUUGGUGGUUCUUCUCGGAUGCCUGCUCGUGCCUAAAAUAAUGCACGGGUAAUUAUGCUCAUUUGGCCACAUGUUCGCAAAGAAAAGAUAAUUAUCAAAUGAUUCCUGUUGCAUGAAACUUACAUUGAUGGUAUAUGCACGUUAUGCAAUAAAUGCUGAUGACUUGGAAGAAGGAAACAAACUUAUUUUACGAAAGAAAAAUAGGAAUUUACAUCAAU